CUCCUUCUGGCGGUGUCACUUUCGUUUCUCUGUGUCUCCCAUUCCCAGACUUUCGUUGGGUCUCUGCUGAACUGCCUUUCGUUCUGUACCGGGCGGGAUGAACUCUCGGAACCACCGAUCGUCACCACGGUUUACUCAACACAUUUGACAAGAUUCUCCACAUCUCUCAGUCCCUGGUCUCCUGAUAACCGGUGCACAUCCCAACUCUCGUUGUCCUCGCACCUAUCAGUCGUUUCCAGAUUUCUAUCCUCGACUUGCCUUGACAUCUGCCAUAACCGCCUAAAUGUCCAAUGCAUAGACUCCUUACCACCCUGUAACACUUGGGUCCAGCCAGGUUUCAGAAUCACAUAUCCAGCUUGAUAACGCGAAGACAUCCACUCGGAGGAUUACGUACACCCCAAUUGCGAGGAGCUGGUCCAAUGGCAAGCGCUGAGGCCAGCAGAUAUCCUCAACCGCUGCCUUCCCCUCCCCCCGUCUAUCUCCGCUCGUCCCCUUCCAUUCUCUCCUCGCGACACGAAACUCCCCGGCGACUUAGCUCGCAUCACCAGUUGAAUAUGGUUUCAGCGCGCGAACCAUCUCCCGCGUCUCAAUCGCCACCGAUCGAUGAAGGAACGCACCCGCCCGUGCCUGUGCCUCGGGUGCGGAUCCAUGGAGAGGGAGACCAGCCCGUCCAGAACUUCCACGACGACGAAUACACUUUGUCACUUACGGGCGCUGCGUUUUCCGACUUGGCGCUUACCGAAAAAUCCCCGACGCACGGGAAAGAGGCGGAUAAUGCGUCGCCACGUGAGGGGGAAUUAUAUCGAGCUCCGCGGAUCCCGGAGCCGAUAGCCUACGGACACACGCCCACGAGUAGCGGCUCGUGGUCCGUGGUCGACCCCAGCUCCAAAGAACAGCCCGACAGCCUGGUGAAUACCAGCUCAUCCUCCUUGGAUCAAGCAGCCCCGAAGGAGAGUCAGAAUGACUCGUCGCGGGAAAGUCUAGACAGCGUCGCUGAGACACCCGAGGUGUAUGAGCCCUUACACUAUCACCAUCGACCCUACGAGGUCCCUUCACAGCCUGCAGCGACCGGGUCGGGGGAGAAUGUCUCGGGGACGAAUGGCUAUUUGAGUGCCAGACCCCGACCACGAUCGACGUACUCGUUUACUUCCAGCGUGGGCGAAGGCCGUCACCGGUCUCCGCAUCUGUCCCCCUAUCUCCAGGGGCGAUCAUCGUCGAGAGAGUCCGUUUCCUCACCCGACGUUCGGCCGUUGUCGUUUGUCGAUCAACUCAAUAGCCACUAUCCCCAACCUGGUCCGGCCCCUGUGCAAUUCGGAAACUCCCAGCUCCAGUCGUCGGUCGGAAAUAACGCUUCGCUGCUAAGCCACAAGCAAACUUUUGACAUGUACUUGGCCAAUGUCAAGAAAACGGACAACCCUGCCGUGCAGUAUGAGUUUGCGCUGUUUAUGGUCAAUGCUGCGCUGGAUAUGCCGCCAGACGGGCCUGGUGGCGAUGCAUCUGCCGUGUACGGGCAGAAGGCCUCGGAGAUCACUCGGGCUGGACUGCUGAAAGAGGCGAAGUCGAUCCUGCAGCGGCUGUCCGAUCGCAGCUAUCCAUUUGCGCAAUACUAUGUUGCGGACGGCUACGCGUCCGGGUUGUUCAGCAAGGGCAAGGAGGACUACGAUCGAGCGUUUCCGCUGUUCGUGGCUGCCAGCAAGCACGGACAUGUCGAGGCGUGCUAUCGGGCGGCUCUGUGUUUCGAGUUUGGUUGGGGUACGCGGGUCGAGGCUGCUCGGGCGCAACAGUUCUACCGGCAGGCGGCAUCCAAGAACCACCCGGGCGCCAUGCUUCGGAUGUCCAGGGCAUGUCUCGCGGGCGACAUGGGCCUCGGCAAGCGCUAUCGCGAGGGGAUCAAGUGGCUGAAGCGCGCGGCCGAAUCUGCGGACGAGCAGUACAACUCGGGCCCCUAUGAGUUGGGAUUGUUGCAUGAAACGGGAUACGGCGAUGAUGUCUUUCCGGACCCUUCAUAUGCAGCUCAGUUGUUCACCAAGUCGGCGGAUCUGGGCCAUGUCGAGGCCAGCUACCGUUUAGGGGAUGCAUACGAACAUGGCAAGCUGGAUUGUCCGCGAGACCCGGCUCUGUCGAUUCACUUCUACACGGGAGCCGCGCAAGGCGGCCACCCCUUGGCGAUGAUGGCUCUUUGUGCUUGGUAUCUGAUCGGGGCUGAGCCCGUCCUUGAGAAGGAUGAAGAGGAGGCGUAUGAGUGGGCCAAACGUGCCGCUGAAACGGGUGAGUUGGCUGUUCGAGUGUGGCCGACUAGGUGCUGACUGUUCUUGUUGUAGGGCUGGUAAAAGCUCAGUAUGCGGUUGGCUAUUUCACCGAGACGGGAAUUGGCUGUCGACGCGAUCCUUUGCAAGCCAAUGUGUGGUAUGUCAAGGCGGCGGAGCAGGGCGAU